AAGCUUGCUGCAUCUUAAGUUGUACAUGUCUCCGGAUCCAAUGGAAAUCCCUCCUCCUCCCUUCAGACUCUGUACUACUACUUCUGGUCGAAAGGCCGACACGGCCAUUCACCGGCACCCCUUGAACGUGCUACUGCUUUGUCACAUCUCGGCGGGCGUUUACCAGCGAGCCGCAAACAGAGUCGCUGAGCCUGAGAUUUGAACAGCAAGAUGCGGCACUUCUGACUGCUCAUGUAUGCUACAGUUGGUUAAUUGGUUAUUGACUGACCCAGUCGUUAUGUCUCGCCCGUCAAGCAUCCGGUCCCCUCGCAGCCAUCUCGACAUGGUCAAGGCUCACUGGGGUGAGCUAUCGGAAUACAGGACGCAUUCCAGAGUAGCCAUCAUCGAUGGGCGCACAUUCAGCCUAGCGGCCGUGGCGGCUGUGUCACGGUUCCGUGUGGUCCCGGAGGUGACGGCGGCAGCAGAUGUUCUCCAAGAUGUGAAUGCCGCUGCCGCAACCGUUGCGCAGUUCGUGGCUCACUCGGCCUUAUCCGGGGCGCAGAGUAUGUACGGCACGACCACCGGAUUUGGAAGCAGCGUUCCCAAGCUACAGCGUGUACUUAUCCAAGGUCUUCAAGCCGGGAUCACUCUGCCGCCGCCUCAGAACGAUUCCGAGGUCGACGGAAUGCCAUUGGCCAUCGGUGCCCGAUCUCUUGGCUAUGUGCAAGGAGCCCAUUCAGCGGAAUGGCCGAUGCUGUUAGGGUAGCGGAUGCGUGAAAAACCCCAAUGUAUUCGGCGAGCUGACGUCGGCCGAGCGGGGCGUUUUCAUUAACGGGAUGGGCGAAUAGGCGCCUCGGGUUGGUGAUGGGCGGAUGACCGGGCGAUAAACGGUAGCAGGGUGCCGUUUCUUUUUGCAGUGCAUUGUUGGGAUAGGCGGUCGGAUGGUUGGCCUGACCAAUGGCCAUGUAGUCGGCCGGGCACGUAAGAG